UAUUCAAGAUAGCGAUGUUAUUAGAACCUCCUGAGUCUGUUAUAGUAUGCUUGUUGUCUGUCGUGCAGGUAAUAAUAUCUGUAGCCUUAUUACCAAGCUAGGCGGACUUUUUGCACAGGCCCGGCCAGGUUCCUGCCUGAGGCCAGUACAACCUGGGAAUCAGCCAGUUGUGUGUACAUCAUCGCGUCCCUGGCGAUUACGCUUCUCACCAUCUCUCCCCAACACCAUCUCUCUUCCACCACACUUCUUUCAUCGCCAUCUACGCCUUCGACACAUUCCUUCCACCCACGCCUUUACCGAAUUCCGUCUCUCUGUCUUCUUGCUACCGCCUCGCCCCAUAAGGUAGCCUGCGAGUUCUGCGUGCCUCCCGUCACGAGCUCCAAGCUCUAUUCGCUUCGGCGUCCUUCUAUCACUACUACCUUUCGCACCCUCCUUCGCACAACGAGACAUGGCUGCUGUACUCAGCCCUAGCUCACAUCGAAACUCUGGUAGCUACGUCAAUAUGGGUAGCUUGUCUUCAGCUGCCGGCCUCGUCGGCUUCCUCUCCGAGCAUGACGCCGCACUCAGGUCUUUCGCUCUACAAAAGCUGAACGAAGAGAUCGAUCUGCUCUGGCCUGAGGUCGCAGGCUCUGUCGGCCAGAUUGAAGCUUUGUAUGAAGACGAGUCGUUUCCAGAACGUGAGCUAGCUGCUCUUGUCGCGGCGAAGGUGUACUAUCAUCUUCAAGAAUACAAUGAAAGUAUGGUCUUUGCUCUAGGGUCCGGCAAGCUCUUCAACUUCAACUACCCAGGCGAAUUUGAAGAACGUAUAUUAGCAAAAUGUCUUGAUACGUACAUCGCCCUAUCAGCCAUGCACAAUCCACCCGCUCCGGCGAGCCGAGUCAGCGACCCUCCACCUCAACUCACAACCCAUUUCCCAGCCAAUACGAGUGGAGGUGCGAGCACUGCGGCCAGCAUGACUUCCCCCACCACACCAUUUUCCCAGUCGACUCUUCCAUCGAAAUCCUUGCUCUCGCGACAGGACUCAAGCACCUUUGAUGCUUCGCAGCCAGGGGGUGGUAACGCAGGAGUUGCUGGUGCGCAUCCCUCUCCUUUAAUACUUCAGCGUAGCGUGCAAAAGAACCUUCAAGCCAUCAUCAAGAGGAUAUUUGAGAGCUGCUACCAAGAUGGUGACUACAAGCAAGUUGUCGGGAUUGCCAUCGAGGCACGCAACCUAAACGUACUACGCGAAGCUAUUUUGCGCGCCAGUCAAGAUGAGAAGAGAAGUAAGAAGGUUCAAGGAGGACCGAGUAAGAGUGCGGAGCUGAUGGAGUAUGUGCUGGAUAUCUGCAUGAACGUAGUCCAGGAGCGUGGGAUUCGAACGGAAAUCCUCCGCCUGAUCCUGGACCUCUUGAACGAAAUCCAGAAUCUGGAUUACUUCUCAAUCGCCAAGUGUGUCGUUUACCUUAAUGAGCAUUCGAUGGCUUCCACCCUCCUGCAGUCACUAGUCAAGAAUGGAGAUGCACGAUCGUUGGCCAUCGCUUACCAAAUCUCGUUCGAUCUGUAUGACAAUGGGACCCAGGAAUUCUUGGCCAAUGUGAUGGAAGGUCUGCCGGAUACAGGAGAUAAAGACGAGAAAGUCAUGGGAACCGCGAACGGCAGUAUUCCUGAGCUAGCCCCUGAGCCGAAGGAGACAGAUGGUCUUCUUGCUGGCCAAGAAAGUAAUGGAGAUGCGCCUUCCACUUCUACAAUCGCUAAUCGACCUAAAGAAGAUAUACUUUCUGCAGAGAAGAAGAAAGCUUUCUCGUCAAUACGAUAUAUUCUACGUGGCACCAAGAGCAUCGAGCUCAAUCUCGAGUUCCUCUACAGGAAUAAUCAUGCGGACAAAAACGUUCUCAACAAGGUCCGUGAUAGUCUCGAAGCACGGAACUCAAUCUUUCACACCGGUGUCACCUUUUCAAACGCCUUUAUGCAUGCUGGAACUACAAACGACAGCUUUUUCAGAGAUAACUUGGAGUGGUUAGGCAAGGCCGUCAACUGGUCGAAGUUCACGGCCACAGCUGCAUUGGGGGUGAUACACAGAGGCAAUAUCACCCAAGGACUAAAACUUUUAGAUCCAUACCUGCCAAAGGAGACCAGUGUCGCAGGCUCCUCGUACAGCCAGGGCGGCUCUUUGUAUGCCCUUGGCCUGAUAUACAGCAACCACGGUACCCACGUCUUAGAAUACCUCAAGCAGCAAUUCGAAAAGGCAUCAGAAGAGGUCGUCCAACAUGGAGGUGCCCUUGGGCUGGGUGUUGCUGGCAUGGCGACUGGAAAUACGUCCAUACUCGAGGCAUUGACGAACGCACUUCACACAGACUCCGCGAUCAGUGGAGAAGCUGUGGGUCUGUCUAUGGGUCUUGUCAUGCUAGGUACAGGCAAUAUUAAGGCGCUUGAAGAUAUGAUCAGUUAUGCACACGACACCCAGCACGAAAAGAUCGUCCGAGGGUUGGCUCUCGGAAUGGCCUUGAUCAUGUACGGCAGACAAGAAGCUGCCGAUGAGCUCGUGAAUGGUCUGUUGGACGAGCCAGACCCGACUCUAAGGUAUGGUGGCAUCAUGACCAUCGCACUAGCAUAUGCCGGUACAGGAAGCAAUAAAGCUGUGAGGAAGCUGUUGCACGUUGCCGUGAGCGAUGUCAGUGAUGAUGUCCGCAGAGUGGCAGUGAUGAGCUUGGGUUUCGUUCUCUUCCGCAAGCCCGGCAGCGUCCCAAGGAUGGUGGAGCUCCUCGCUGAGUCGUACAACCCUCACGUACGUUACGGUGCAACAAUGGCACUUGGGAUUGCGUGUGCUGGAACUGGUUUGGACGAAGCCAUUGAUCUCCUCGAACCUAUGAUGAAAGAUUCAACGGAUUUUGUGAGACAAGGUGCAUUGAUCUCCUUGUCAAUGAUUAUGAUACAGCAGAACGAGGCAAUGAAUCCAAAGGUUGCCACAAUCCGAAAGACCUUGACCAAGAUCAUAGGAGACCGUCACGAAGACGCAAUGGCCAAAUUUGGCUGCGCUUUGGCACUCGGUAUAAUCGAUGCUGGGGGCAGAAACUGCACAAUCGGGCUUCAGACUCAGACCGGCAAUCUCAACAUGACUGCUAUCGUCGGAAUGGCUGUCUUCACCCAGUACUGGUACUGGUUCCCGUUGACGCACUUCAUCUCCUUGAGUUUCACUCCUACAGCCAUCAUUGGUCUUGACCAAGACAUGGAUAUUCCUCAGUUCAAAUUCCAUAGCGCGACGCGUCCAAGCAUGUUUGACUACCCACCCGAGGCUGAAGUGAAGGCAGAAGAAGCGCCCGAGAAAGUGAAGACGGCAGUACUGUCGACUACUGCACAAGCCAAGCGGAGGAAGAUGGUGAAGGAGAAGGAAGAGAAGAAGAAGAGACGUGAGAGCAUGGAUGUUGAUCCGGCGCCAACAACACCCAAGGCAUCUGCAGAGGACGACAAGAUGAACAUUGACGACGAGCCGAAGAGUAAAGACGACAAGGCUGAUGGUGAAAAAGAGAUCACACCGGCAGUGGAGUCCGCCAAGAAGAGGAUAGAAAAGGAAAAGGUCGGGUACGAGCUGGGCAACAUGUCUCGUGUACUUCCGGCUCAGGUGAAGUACAUUAGCUUUCCUGAGCAGAGGUACCAGCCUGUCAAACCUCCUUCUGGCGGAGUCGUACUCCUCACAGACACCCAACCAUCGGAGCCCAAGUCACUGUUAGAGCUCAGGGUCAAGAAGAUGACGGCAGCACCAGCGCCGGGAGCUCCAGGCCAAGCACAGACGGAUCGCGCUGCAGCAGAUCCGUUCUCGACACCCGUGCGUGGUGCUGAAGGCCGAAGCGGUGCCGCAGAAGCUGCCGGUGUCCUGACGGCAGAGGAUGAGGACGACGAGGACGAGGACGAGGAAGGUGUCGAGGCAGAGGUACCAGGGGAUUUUACCUACAUCACAGACGGGGAAGAUGAAGAUGACGACGACGAGUCGUCAUAG